AUGACAGAAUCAACGCCGUUGCUUAAUGAAAGGGGUGACGAGCUUGACGCCUAUGAAUCAAUCAGUGUCAAGAGGAGAACAAAAAUUCUUCUAUACACAGUCACCGGUCUUCUCGGCUUUAUAACCCUUUGGGUCUUUACCAUGGUCCUUCCUAGUUAUUAUAUCCCCGAGGCUGUGCCGCUAAAGCCUAUCAACCACAUUUCCCAGUUAAAGGCCACUUUUGAACCUGAUAGUGCUGGAAAACAAAUCAACAGACUUAUAAUGAUUGGGGAUAUCCACGGUCACUACAAUGAAUUUAGACAGCUAUUGAAAAAGGUCAAAUAUAGCAAAACAAAAGAUGAACUAUUAGUGUUGGGAGACUUUAUCACCAAGGGUCCAGACUCAUUUAAAGUGUUGGAUUACUUGGUUGACCACGAGAUUGAAUGUAUUUUUGGCAAUCACGAAUUUUAUGUUCUACAAUAUUAUUCAAGCUUUCAUGGUCUUGAACUGCCUCGGUUCCAUCUGGACAACACGCAGUUUUCUAACCUUGCUGGAACACGUGGAGCAUUCAAUGACGACCCGGAAUACUUACUUGCUAAAAAAUUGCAACCUCAUCACGUGCGAUACAUAAACAGCUGUUCGGUGAUUAAAAAGCUUGGUAAGGUACCUUUGGAAGAUGGUGGUGUCGCACCUGGGGUUGCAGUCCAUGCUGGUCUUCGACCUGACUUGGAAUUAAGGGAACAGGAUCCGGUUGAUAAUUUAGAGAUGCGAUCCUUGAUUGGUCCGUUUUACAAUGAGACUACAUCUUAUCCUGACACCCCAUUUGCCAAAAGCUGGUCUAAAAUUUACAACUCAAAGCACGGGGAAAAGCCAGCAAACUAUGUGGUUUAUUAUGGGCAUGAUGCUGGCAGGGGGCUCAAGUUGAAAGAAUAUACAAAGGGUUUGGAUUCGGGGUGUGACAAGGGAGGAAAGUUGACAGCUGCUGUUAUUUCAUUACGUUUGAAAAAGGGGCAGCUAAGAUUAGAAGAGGAGAUUGUACAAGUUGGUUGUUCAUAG